UCUUUCCCUGUUCUGAGAAAAUACUUCCACACCCGUUUGAGUCUGUGCCUCAGAAAGUCCUUCCUCCUUACAUCCCCACCACUCAGAUCAAGACAAUCAAGAGGCAUGCUUGGAUGUCCAGAAACAGAAAGAGCAGAAGAGAUAGCGAAGAGCACAGCCGAGGCGGCAGAAGCGUCUUGCCAAAUGGGAAGGAGGAACUUCUAUGGACCAGCAGCUUCAGGAACCUUAAACACGGUCACUCCUUGCGCUGCAUGUAAGCUUCUGAGAAGAAGAUGUGCUGAAGAAUGCCCCUUCUCUCCUUACUUUUCACCCCAUGAACCUCAGAAGUUCGCUGCUGUUCAUAAAGUGUUUGGUGCAAGCAAUGUCUCCAAGAUGCUAAUGGAGGUGCCUGAGAGCCAAAGAGCAGAUGCUGCAAACAGUCUGGUUUAUGAAGCUAACCUGAGGCUGAGGGACCCAGUUUAUGGAUGCAUGGGUGCAAUAUCAGCUUUGCAGCAACAAGUUCAAUCAUUACAAGCAGAGCUAAAUGCUUUAAGAUCUGAGAUUCUGAGGUACAAGUAUAGAGAAGCUGCUAGCCAGAUCAUUUCUUCUCAUGGGGCUUUGGUUUCUUCCAUGGAGGAACCUAUUUCUGCAGAAUCACAACAAGGUCUUGCUCAGUCUCAACCUCAACCUCAACCUCCCCAAAAACCAUCAUCUUUACCUUCUGCUUCUGUUGUUCUUUCAACCUUGUCUUCAUCUUCCAGUUCUUCUGUAUACACACCCCCUAAGAGCACAAUCAGCCAUGGAUCUAUUUCCAGCGAAAAUGUCCCUUACUUCGUUUAAUCCUUUACUAUUGAUCAAUUCCUGUCGGACUUAUAUUGGCCAGGGUUUUGUUUUCUAUUCUUCUCAUCAUCUUUUGGUGUGGUUCACAGGCUUCAGGUUUUUCUCUUUUGCUUAAGGUUUUGCACAAGCACUAUGAUUUUCAUUUCAUGAAUAAUACAUUCUCAUCACUGUAGGCACAGAUACGAUGUAUUUAGUUCCCUGGGAUCAAUAUCAAUUGAUUACUUACUUUCUAAA